CUAGAUCUUAGAAGUGUAGAAGAAUACAUAAACUUCAAACGCACUUUUCUCAAACUAGAAUGAUAAAUUAGUUAUGCCUGAAUUUCUUACUUACUGAUCACUCCAUCAUCGCUCUCUCUCCACUUCCGCAUGAAUUUCUUCAAAUCCGUUUUCCUUGAUGACCCGGAUCCUCCGCGACCCGAAUCCGGAUCGAGCAAUGAGCCGCGAGUCCAGGACCCGGAUCCCGACUCCCCGCCCCGAUCCAGCACCACCGAUUCCGGUGGUGGUGUCGGCGACGGUUGGAAUUUCGGCGGCUUCAUGCAAACCCUAACAUCCAAAUCGGAAUCCAUAAUCGAGACCUACCGUCGCGAUCUGCAGGAAUUCAGCACCGGUUUGAAGAAGGAAAUUGAGGUGGCGCAGGGCUCUCUCGGGAACGUGGGUCACGCCAUUGACGAGUUCGGAAACACCGUCGUCAAAGGAACGGCUCAGAUCAUAUCUCAAGGUAUCCUCGCUGUGGAUCUCGAUUCUGAUUCGGAUAAUAAUAGCGUCAAUAGGAGGAGCCUUGAUUUGGCGCGGUAUAGUAGGUUCGACGCUCAGGUUCGUGCGAUUCAGGGUGAUGUUAGCACUUACUCCGAGGAGCCCGAGGAUUUGAGUGAGUUCAAUGAAUGGAAAUUAGGGUUUUCGUUGGAGGGGAAAAGUGAUGAAAUGGAGGGGCUUUUCAGAGAGAAUGAUAAUAUGGAGAGUGUUUACAAAAGAGUUGUUCCGAGCAGUGUGGAUCACGACACUUUCUGGUAUAGGUAUUUCUAUAAGGUUUAUAAGCUCAAGAAAGCUGAAGACCUUAUGGCUAGGCUUGUGAGUGGAAUUUCUGGGGUGGAUGAGGAUUUGAGUUGGGAAGUUGAAGAUGAUAAUGAAGAUGACGAUGGAGGUGAUGCUAAACCUCUGGUUUUGAAUAAAGAGGUUGGUGGGGACAGUGUGGAUACCCAGUUGCUUGUUGCCGGUGAUGAAGGGGGAACGAAGAAAUUGGACGUGGAAAAAGAGUCUAAAGUGGAGAAGAGAGACAAUUUAUUGCAAAGUGAGGAAGUUGGCAACAAGAUAGAUAAGUCUGUUGAGGAACCACAUAUUGAGAAAUCUGAAAUUGUUGGUGAGAUGGCUGGUGUUGAUGAGGCAUCAAAAGUGGAUGUUGGUGUGAGCAAGAAUGAUCCUGCAGCUGAAACUGGUGAGAAGGUUAAGGAAAGAGAUGGUGGUCAUGAGAAAUCUUCCAGUAAAAGUAAUGACUCCUCAGUGGUUGAAAAUAAGCACUCGGCAAAUGAGGAGGGGGAUGAGGAGGACCUUGGGUGGGAUGAUAUUGAGGAUCUUAGCAGUAUUGAUGUGAAGGAAACAUCGCACAGUGGUGGCACAAGCAAAGUUGAUUUGCGGAAGCGAUUUACUGCUGCGGAAGUAGAUGAAGACUUGAGUUGGGACAUUGAAGAAGAUGAUGAUGAUGAGCCUCCCAAGGUUUGAAAUGUUUGGUGUAAGUGUCAUUUUCACAUAAAGAAAUUUGUCAGUGUUACUAUUAUACGUUUUAGAAACUGGGAUGGAGGUUGUAAUGUUAUCUGUUCUGUCCCUGAAACGCAUGAAAUGUAACUGUUUCUUUGUUUGUUUCUUAUUUUGGUUAUUCAUCAAUAUAUGGUGACCAUUGUCAGCAAGACACAUUUACUAUCUCA